CUCUUUGAGAGCAUCAAUCCCCAGCGCGAUCCAGAUCGCGGCGCAAGCUCGUCCCGACUAGCUGGAGUCUGGACAGGAGUGGAUCAAUAUGUCAGAUAUGUCUGUGAUCCGGAGCACAGGAGGCUAUCCCGAUAUCUUGGACGAUAAGAAGAUAUCCCAGGCAAGCAUGCGCUUGCAUGCUUGGCUGUACCGGUAACCUGGAUUUAUAUAGAUGUGUCGGUUCCGCAGAUCUGUUUCUCUCCUUUCCCUAGCUUGUUCAUCUCUCCCGAGGGUUGUAUAUUUCAAUUCCAAAGAUGGAUCGUGUUCGCCAACGUGUCGUGGGCCUUCCAGGUACCAUCAAGGGCGUGCCUGCUGCUAUUGUUGAGGCGGUUCGUAUGAAGGAGACUGACGAGGAGCUCGUCAACCGAUUUGGACAGCACAAGUGGUCAAAUGAGGAUCUUGAUCCUGUCAAACCAGAGCGACGAAACUGGUCAACAUGGACUUUCUUCUCAUACUGGAUUGGUGAAAGUUGGGGUGCUUCAACAUGGAGUGUUGGGUCAUCUAUGGUUGCAGGCGGCCUCGUCUGGUAUGAUGCAAUGAUUGCAAUUAUCAUUGGACAUCUGAUUGGUAGUGUGUUGACCGUAUGGAACGGCCGAGGAGGAAGUAUUUACCACAUUGGCUUCCCCGUUUGGAUUCGAGCGACAUUCGGUCCCUGGGGUGGUCUUGUCCCCGUUGGUAUCCGUUGCGUGCUCGAUAUGGUGUGGUUUGGAAUCCAGACAUACUUCGGUGCUUUGUUCCUCGACAUCGUGUUUCAAUGCGUCUUCGGGCACUCCUGGACCAACAUUCACAACUCACUUCCUGAAUCUUCUGGGACCACAACGAGAUUUAUGGUUGCAUAUUUCCUCUACUGGUGCUUCCAAUUCGGCUCCUGCUUCUUCAGACCCGAUCAACUGAAAUGGCUCCUCACAUUGAAGGCUUUCACCAUUCCAUUUGCCUGCCUUGGUCUCUUCAUCUGGUCCCUCGCCAGAUCUGGUGGACCCGGUUCUUUCAAAUCUCUUGCCGUAACAACGAAAUCCACUGCAAGCCAUCAAGAAGUCGUCGCAUGGGGCAUUGUAGCUGCUAUCAACAAUGCCAUCAACGGAGAGUUUGGCCCUCUGAUUGCCUCUGAACCGGAUAUCACUCGCUAUUCCAGAAGACCCAGAGACCAAAUAGUUGGUCAACUUCUCGCAGCUCCCUGGUCUGCCAGUUUCACAGCAACGAUGGGUAUAAUUGCCGCCUCCUGCACUGGCAGGAUCUGGGGCACAGCCAUCUGGAACCCGGCUGGUAUCCUAGAUGCAAUCUUGGCCGAGAACAAUGACCCUAAAACCAAGUUUGCUGUCUUCCUCGUGGCCUUCAUCUUCAUGGUCGGCCAAGUCGGCACUAAUUUUAUCGCAAAUUUGAUCCCCUUCGGCGUCGAUUCCACCGCAAUGGCACCCCGCUACAUCAAUAUCGUCCGCGGGCAAAUCAUCUGCUGCUUCAUCGGCGGCUGGUGCAUGGUGCCGUGGAAGGUUCUCGUUUCUGGCGCCGUCUUCCUCUCCUGCAUCACCGGAAUGGGUAUUUUCAUGGGAUGUCUCGUCGGCAUCAUGCUCUCAGACUACUUCUUCAUCCGAAAGGGGAACUACUUCGUCGAAGAUCUCUACACCUCCGAUCCCAACGGACGGUACUGGUACCUCCACGGCUGGCAUUGGAGAGCAUAUGUUGCUUAUAUUUGCGGUAUCUUCUUGCCGUUCCCGGGAUUCCUUGGGACGCUCGGGGUGAAGAGUCUUGCUGCUCCUUUGGGGCCGGCGAUGAAACUUUACAAUAUCGGGUAUCUGACAAGCACGUUUACCGGUAUGGCUGUGUAUACUGUGCUGUGCAAGAUUAGCCCGCCGGAUAACGUUGCUGAGGCGAGGACGAUGCCGUUUGAGACGAUGGGACAGAAGGAGGUCCUUCAUGGGUUGCAUGGAAGACGUAGUGAUAGCGAGGAGGUUGAGGAGGUUGUGGUCGAUGAGGAGAAGAAGGUUUAGAUUGGUGGGUUAGACUUAUAAAUUGAUAGACUUUGUGCGUGCUUUGCUGGUUGAAGUCCGGCCAGGAGAUGUAUUCGUUGAUAAUAGACAAUAAUAGUAUUGCAAUAGUCCAAGACUCAAGAAACUUGAUCAAAAAU